UGUACAAUCACCUCGGUUCUCCUCACAGCGCCUCCAAACCUCACUUCAGAAACUAAACCAAAAAAAUCCUGUCUCAUUAAGCCACAUUUCAACAUCCAUCCUGACUCUCCUGAAUGAGCCUGAGAAGACUCCUCUGUGCUCUCCCGCCUCAGGACCUCCUCCCUCACUCUUUAUUUCUCCUCAAGUUCGGCAGCUGAUACCGGCUCAGUCAGGAGGAGGUAGCUCUUUUUUUUUUUCUUUAUUCCCCCGGCUGUGAGAAGAUCAAGGACAGUUUGACAUGAGGGGAGACGCUCCACAAAGAAGAGGCAUGAAGACCACAUGUCUGCAGGCUGCUGCUCUGCUGCUGUCACUCGUCUCUCUGGUUACCAGCGCCGAUUCACCAAGUUCAGAAAAUUCAGAGUUGAGAGAGAGCUCGAAAUCCAAGGUGAAGACCUACUGGACCGAAAGCAGCAAGGCCUUCUCCAUCAGCCGCCUGCUGUCUCAGACGCUCUUUGACAAAGAGAACUUCACCUCUCUGGAUAUGAACUACGACGACGCAGAGCUGUACUCUAAACGGGAGCAGUGGAACUGGCUUUACAACGCCUCAAACCCCCGCGACCCUCGCUCCAGGACGAAGCGGAGGCCCAUCGUCAAGACGGGCAAGUUCAAGAAGAUGUUCGGCUGGGGCGACUUCCACUCCAACAUCAAGACGGUGAAGCUGAACCUCCUCAUCACUGGUAAGAUCGUGGAUCACGGCAACGGGACAUUCAGCGUCUACUUCCGCCACAACUCGACAGGUCAGGGUAACGUGUCCGUGGGCCUCGUGCCGCCAACGAAAGCCGUGGAGUUCCAAGUCCACCAGCCGCACCAGCAGUUCCACCACCAUCACCACCAGCAGCAGCAGCAGCAGCAGACGGCUCUGGAGACGAAGGACACCAAGCUGUUCAACUGCAGGGUGGAGUACGAGAAGGUGGAGAAGGGCACCAGGAACUCGCUGUGCGCCCACGACCCGUCGCAGAGCUGCCCGCAGGAGCAGACGCAGAGCCACGUGUCCUGGCUCUGCUCCAAGCCCUUCAAGGUCAUCUGCAUCUUCAUCACCUUCUACAGCACCGACUACAAGCUGGUGCAGAAGGUUUGUCCAGACUACAACUACCACAGCGACACCCCGUACCUCCCCACCGGUUGAUCAAAAAGACCAGAAAGAGAGGAGGAGGAGGAUGAUGAUGAUGAGGAGGAGGGGGAGGGGAAAAAGACGCAGAGACAAGCUUUCAGAUCCUCAGUGGUGUCUGGAUGAAAAUGGAGUCAGGACACUAAAAAACUUGAGAUGUUGACAGGCAUUACUAACACUAACAUAUCCUUGACGCGAGACUGAUGUUGCUCCAAUGAACAGACCAACCCUGAGGUCAUUAUGAGAGCGUUUAGGGCCUGCAAUCCUCACAUUAUAUGCAUAGCUGCUUGCCUGCUUACAUCGAAAGGAAAUUCUCAAGCCAACCGUAAAAAUAUGCUGAUUGUAUUUAUGUAAAUAUUAUGGGUUCUACACAAAGACCAGAAAACAAUUUUAUUAAUGUUUUUCUCCUCGCUAAUUUAGUUGUUUACGUUGAUAGUGUGUUUCCGUCUCAAUCAUGCUUUCUGUCUUUUCCAAUCAGUCUCGGGUAAUCACCGCAAACCACGUAAAUGUCAACGCAAAUAAGACGAAUCUGUCAGUUUGCAUUAGAGGGCAUAAUGGGAAAAGCGAACAUAUUUUGAGUGGUGUUGUUUUCUGCAGUGUGAUUGUUAGAGUGAGCAUAGCUCUCUGAUGUCGUCGUUUGGAUUCCCGUCCAUGUCCGUGCAUGAACCGAGUGCGGUAAACAACCGAAUAACGUCCAUCUAUAUUUUUUUUGUGUUAUUGCAGCUGUCAGAAAUAAUCUCCAUCAAGUCAGAGGAGAAAAAGAACAAAAAAAAAAAAAAAAAAGUACCUCUGUUUAAAUGAUGUUGUUGUGUGUAUGCAGGUUUUUAAGGUCGCGCGGGUGGUGCACGGUAAUCAACACCAAAAGAGAGCUCCUGUCACAUCAAAAAUAAGAAAGUAAAUGUCAAUAAAAAUAAAUUUAAAAAAAGAAGAAACGACGAAAUGACAGAGGUACUGAACUGCUCCUUAAAAAACAUUAUCAAACGUACCUGACUGUGCUUUAAUUCUGCAGAUUUCUCAGCCCCUGCAUUUCCAUUUUGGCUCGUAUUUUUACGACUUACAACAAGUUCAGUACUUAAACUUUCAACCCCCUGCAUCACUUACAUGACAAGCAGCCCGUAUUAGGAAGUGUCAGAGCCACAGUGCCCCCGCAGUAUCCAAAAAUAACACCGGAAUAAUCAUUUACACAGAAAAAGUGCUUGAUAAUGAGAAACAAAACAAGGUCGAGACAAGUUCAAAGUGUUUAAAAAAUAGAUAUUUGAACAAGCUAACAAAAGAAGGAAGUGAUAGAGGAUAGAGAAUCGUUUUCUUAAGUUCAUGCAUCAAAGACUGAACGAGAAGAAACACUUGGUUUACAAAAGUGAGAUGUUGUAAUACGUGAAAGUGUUCCAGGAAAGAGAAGGACAUACAUUAAACCGCAGGUGCUAAUCACACAUUCCACCUAUGAAGCGUUCACACCUCUGGUUAUCAGGAGAAAUAAAAAAUAAAAAAUCCUGGAUGAGACUAA